AUGCUUGACCCUUUGACCGCCUUAAGUAUCGCGAGCUCUGUCAUCCAGAUCGUCGACUUCGGAUGUAAGCUAGUUUCACAAAGUCAAGAGAUAUACUAUUCCGCCAAUGGCGCGACAAAAGAUAAUGUGACAAGUGGCGAGAUUACUAAGGAUAUCAACCUCCUAUACAAGGAUCUAACCAGUAAGGACCAAAACUUCCAAAUGCUAGACGACGAUGACAGAGCACUUGGAAAGCUCGUCGGUUCAUGCAUGCGAGAAGUAGAAGCAUUGAUGAACCUCCUGGCGGAGUUGGAGGUGCCGCCAGAUGCAACGCAAUGGAAAAGCUUCAAGAACGCCAUCAAAAGUGCACGAAAGAAAGGAAAGGUCAAGGAUAUUGAGACACGAUUGCUCAAGAUACAGAAGCAGAUUGAUUCUCGAUUACAAGUAAUGAUGACCAACCAGCAGUCUGAACUAUCCAAGCGAAUGAACCACAUCUCCAAGGAGCAUACCCUAAUGCAGAUCGAGAGCGUUCACCACAUGGAGCAGCUAAAGGCUGACAUUCGGAGAUACGCCGCGCGACAGGCCGAUGACAGCAAUCGCGCCCAGAUCCUAAUUCAGAAACUCGGCGACCUGGCCGAAGAAGGUCACAGAGUGGCGAAUGAAGAAAAAAGUCCUCAAGAGCCUUGA